AUGUUCCAAAGACUGCGCGACGCGCUUUUCCCGGGCCGGCAGCCGGUGCCGAUACCGAGCGAUGGCCGCGAGGUCCCGCUGCGGGUGGUCCACGGCCCGCAGCUACUCGACCCGCGAUCGGGCCGGCCUUACAUAUCCAACGGCAUCCGAACCACACGAUACACGCUGUGGGACUUCCUGCCGAAGCAGAUCCUCUACCAAUUCUCCCGACUCGCAAACUUCUACUUUCUGUGCAUGGCCAUCCUUCAGCUCAUACCCGGCCUAAGCACCACGGGGAACUUCACCGUCCUGAUCCCGCUUCUGAUUUUCGUCUCGCUCACCAUUGCCAAAGAGGGCUACGACGACUUCAAGCGGCAUCGUCUCGACCAGGUUGAGAAUCGCCGGAGUGUAAGCAUUCUGAGGCCUGCGGGGCCGCCGCCGAGCGAUGCGGAUAAUUUGAGUGGCACCCCCAUGGAGCUUCUGAACAGUUCGUCCGACGAAGACUUUGAGUGGACAAGCACGCAGUGGCAGCAUCUCCAGGUUGGCGAUGUCAUCAAGCUGUCGAGAGACGACGACAUUCCUGCCGACAUCAUCCUCCUCCACGCCGACCACAACGCGGCAUACAUCGAGACAAUGGCCCUGGACGGCGAAACCAACCUAAAGACGAAACAGCCACCAAGCGCUCUGGAGAACUGCGACACGCCCAGGAGAAUAGCCGGCAGCAACGCUAACUUCACCGUCGAGGAUCCCAACCAGAACCUGUACCGUUUCGACGGCCAGGUAGCGGUAGACGGCAAGGUAUCGCCCCUGUCAGACCUCUCGGUGAUCUACCGCGGCAGCACCCUCCGCAACACCAGCUCCGCCAUCGGCCUGGUCAUCAACACGGGCGAGGAGACCAAGAUCCGCAUCAACGCCAACCGGCACCCACGCGCCAAGCGGCCGCUCCUCGAAUCCUUCAUCAACAAAGUCGUCAUCCUCCUCGCCCUCCUCGUCCUCUCCAUCGCCGCCUUCGGCUUCUUGGGCUACACGCUGUGGAAGCGCGGACGCGGCGGCAAGCCGUGGUACCUGCACGGCACGACGGUGCCGUUCCAGGAAAUCUUCUUCGGCUUCGUCAUCAUGUUCAACAGCGCCGUCCCCAUGUCCCUCAUCAUGGGCCUGGAAGUCAUCAAGAUCAACCAGAUGAACUCGAUCAACCGCGAUUUGGAGUUGUACCACGCCGCCUCGGACACGCCCGUCCGCUGCAACACCGACACCAUCAUCGACGACCUCGGCCAGAUCGGCUACGUCUUCUCCGACAAGACGGGCACCCUGACCGAGAACGACAUGCGGUUGCGGAAGUUGAACAUCGCCGGCACGAGCUGGGCGCACCGCUGCCAACAGACCCCCGCUGGUGACGACGAGGAGGAGCGGACGACCGACGACCUCGUCGAAUUCAUGCGGCUGAGACCUGCCUCGCCUUUCGCGCUCGCGGCAAGGCAGUUUCUGCUGUGCCUCGCCAUCUGCCACACGGCGCAGCCCGAGGCUCGCGGCGACGACGACGGGCAGUUGGACUUCCAGGCGUCGUCGCCGGACGAGCUGGCUCUCGUCAAGGCGGCGCAGGAGCUCGGCUUCCUCGCGGUCGAGCGGUCUGCCCAGGCCAUUACGAUUGAGACGGCGGAUGGGCAGCGGGAGACGUACGAAAUCCUCCACGUGCUGGAGUUCAAUAGCGACAGGAAGCGCAUGUCCGUCAUCGUGCGGUGCCCGGAUGGCAGGAUCUGGUUGAUUUGUAAGGGCGCUGACACGGUUCUCGCGCCGCGUAUAAGAGCAGGGUCGACAAGCAGCUUCGAAAGGGCUGGAUCGGGUCAGUUCGACGAGAUGGUGACGGGCGCGGAUCAGCUCCCGGCAAAGUUCCAAGGACUCGACGCUUGCGACGACGACGACGAGGCAGAGGUGCGCAGGCGGUGCUUCAUGGCGCUGGACGACUACGCCCGGCAGGGCCUGCGCACGCUGCUCUUCUGCCAGCGCUUCUUGUCCGAGUCCGAGUACCAGGCGUGGCAAGCGCGCUACCACGACGCGCAGAUCAGCCUCGUCGACCGACAGGCCCGCGUCGACGCGGUAGGCGACGAGAUCGAAAAGUCACUCGAGCUCGCCGGCGCGUCGGCCAUCGAGGACAGGCUGCAAGAAGGCGUGCCCGAGACGAUCGAGCAGCUGCGCAAGGCCGGCAUCAAGGUCUGGAUGCUUACGGGAGACAAGCGCGAGACGGCCGUCAACAUUGCACAUUCGGCGAAGAUCUGUAGCGCCGAGUCGACGAUCUACGAGCUCGAUGUGGAUGACGACGACGGGGGGCGGGGGGAUCUGGAGACGCAGUGUCUGGAUGUUCUGGGCGCGCUGCAGCGGUAUGAGAAGGCGAGCGCGCAGACGGCGCUGCUGGUCGACGGGAACACGCUUCACGCCAUCCAAGACGAUAGUCGCGUCGAGCAGCUCUUCAACGCCAUCAUCCCCGCCGUCGACUCGGUCGUGUGCUGCCGGGCGUCGCCCUCGCAGAAGGCGCUCCUCGUGUCCGCCAUCAAAGACCACAAGCCCCAGCGCCGGGGCAACCGCUUCCUUCGCUGGCUCACAGCACCGCGGCAGCCCCUCACCCUCGCCAUCGGCGACGGCGCCAACGACCUCUCCAUGAUUACGACAGCACACGUCGGCAUCGGCAUCUCGGCGGGCAACGAAGGCCAGCAAGCCGCGCGCAUCGCCGACUUCAGCAUCGCGCAGUUCCGCUUCCUCGCGCGGCUGCUGCUCGUGCACGGCCGCUGGAACUACCACCGGACCACGCGCUUCAUCCUCGCGUCCUUCUGGAAAGAGCUGUUCCACGCCGCGCCGCAGGGGCUGUACCAGUGCUUCGUCGGCUUCUCCGGGACGAGUUUGUUUGAUCCGACGGCGCUGGUGUUGUACGGCUCGCUGUUCACGACGUGCGCCAUCAUCGCCCUGGGUUCGUGGGACCGGGAUUUGAGGGCGGAUACGCUGCUGGCCGUGCCGCAGCUGUAUGAGUAUGGCCGAAGGGGUCGGGGGCUGGGGAUGGGCAGUUUUCUCGGGUGGGUGGCCAACGCGUUCGCGGCUGGCUUGCUCGUCAUUUUUGUUAGCUGGGCGGGCUACGGCUCUUCUGAGGCCGUCGAUGAUAACGGGCUCUACGCGUUCGGCGCGCUCGUGUACGCUAUGGGCGUCGUCUGGGCGAACGUUAAGCUGAUGAUGGUGGAGAUGCAUGACAAGACGGGUGCUGUGUUGGGCAUGUUUGCGGGAACCAUCGCUGCCUUGUUUGCUUUCGUCGGCGUCUGGUCUGUGGGCGGCCCAUAUGCGUUGACGCCGUUCGCUGUGCGGCACGGCUUCAGCAAGACGUUUGGCCCGGACGGCAGCUGGUGGCUGACGCUGGUCGUCGGGCUGAUGGUCUUGUGUGCGAUGGAGCUGGUGCUGAAGGCGCUGCAGCGGCACCGCCUGGCGCGAGUCAUCUGGACAAAGAUGAUUCCGGGGAAGGACAAGUCUGAGCUCUCGGGGGGUGGUGUCUGGGCUGGGUUUGAGGCGUGGCACCCUUUCCUUUGGCAGGAGAUCGAGCAGGAUCCGAGCGCGAGCGCGCACCUGCGUCGUCUCAGGCCGGCAGACGAAGCGCACUACGCUGCGUCUCCAAUCGCUGACGGCGGGAUGAAGAGCAAGAGGCCGAAAGACACUGCGUGGAACCAGCAGCGCCUUUGGUCCUGGAGACCAAUUCUCACCAUCAAAAGAGCCAUCAUGUAUUUCUUCGCCAUAUCGAUUGUCGCCUUUGCCAUUGGAGUGGCGCUGGUGGUGAAAAGCCGCGAAACCCCAGAGAUCUCCAUCGACUAUACGGACUGCUGGAAACACUCGCCCGUCGGAUCUAACAGCACCUUUCCCCCCAACACGAGGACCUUCGCCCCGAUCCCGGGAGCGCGCGUGUCCAAGAACUUCAGGCGAACCAACCCAAAUGCCACGGCGGCAACCUGGGCGCACAGCUUCAAGCAGACCGAUUCCCGGAACACCACCGCCACCACGGCCGUCUGCUCGCUCCGCUUCGACAUCGAAAGCGCCAUCCCCCCGCCCGUCUUCCUGUACUACCGCCUCUCCGACUUCUACCAGAGCCACCGCGACUACAUCAAAUCCGUGGACCCCGAGCAGCUGGCCGGCAAAGCCCGCAGCGCCUCUUCCAUCAGCGGCAGCGGCAGCGACUGCGAGGCCCUCGACAUCGAUCCAGAGACGGGAAAGGCGUACUAUCCCUGCGGCCUCAUCGCCAACUCGCUGUUCAACGACACCUUCUCCCAGCCGCGCCGCAUCGACAACAGCGCGAACGAGAACGAGAACGAGACGUCGACGACGUAUUAUUACAACAUGACGACGAAAGGCAUCGCCUUCCCCGCCGACAGGGACCUCGUUAAGCAGACGAGUUACGCGCCAGACGACGUCGUCCCGCCGCCUAACUGGCGUGCCAGGUAUCCGGACGGCUAUGCUGACGGGGUGCCCGAUCUGUCCGCGGACGAGGGCUUCGUCGUGUGGAUGCGGACGGCGGCGCUGCCGAAUUUUAGGAAGAUGGCGAUGCGGAAUGAUGGGGAGCCGAUGGCGGCGGCGCGGUACGAGGUUGAUGUCGAGGAUAACUACGACGUUUCGUCCUUCGGCGGCACCAAGUCCAUCGUCAUCACUACGCGUGGGAAUGUGGGGUCGAAGAGUAGUAACCUUGAAGGCUUUUGCAUGCUGGUUGGGUGUGUUACGUUUAUUCUCGGCGUGGCUUUCGCGGUUACUGGCCGGAUGAAGUCGAGGAGGCUUAGUGACCAUAUCCUAUUGCCCGUAAUAUAG